GAGCCCUUAGAUUGAUCCUCCCGAAGGGUGGUCUCGGAGGGUAAAGGGGUGCUGGCAGGUUAUAACAAUACUGCUAUCUCCUCAACAUCCUCGCAGUAAACAAACCUAUAACACCAAUCCACCUAAUGCCUUGAACCGAUAUGCCUUCGACGACGAGUUAGGAACGAGACCGGGCUGAGAUGUCGGCUUUGAGCGUGAUGGCGACUGAUGACAGUAUGAGCGACGACGUGUUUGAAACUGAAACAGAGAGCCGCCUUCUUUCGGAUCCGAGGUCGGGGAAGCCGACCCCGAGCCCGACCGGCUACCGCGAUUACACACCAGACCCGAAACUUUUAACACCAAUUAAACGAGAAGACUCAGACAUAGCACAUAAGACAAUACUUUUGGGGGACUCCGGAGUAGGUAAGACUUCGUUACUCGUACAGUUCGACACAGGAAAAUUUCAAUCGGGGACGUUUUCUGCGACUGUCGGCAUCGGUUUCACGGGGCAACCGACAGCUUGGUCAUUUCAGCCCCGAAGCACUAGCGAAAUACCACUACAUACUCGGUACAUCACACCAAUAAAUAUAUUCAU